AUGAAGAGGAACUCGGACCCGGGCAACCGAUGUCGCUUCUCUUCCUACCAGCAGCGUUCAGAAGCGGAGGCAGGAAGCCUGGUGGACGGCUCCUCGCCACCGUCGAUCACCGGGCUGCCACACAGGGGUCCUCAGUGUAGUCCCACAGCAGCACCUCUCAGCCCGGAAGGUCCCCCGAAACUGCCCAGCAUCAUAGCAACAAGCCAAGCAGCCCGCAGGACGGUGCUGGCUGCGCGUGCCGGGCACUGGCAGAAACUCCAACCCGGGGCCAGUGCGGACGGCGGGAACGCUGCCUCGGAGCCACGACGGCCCCCCGAAAGCCGGUCUCGGCCGCCCUUGGUUCCUCCCCCGACGCCGGUGCUGGCGAGGCCACGCCGGGCGCCUGACUGCGCCGGGCAGGUCCCAGGGCCCUUUGGAGCGACGCCGAGCGGAGCGCGGCAGGUCCCCCCAGGAGGCUGGUGUGAAUUCUCGGGCCCAGGACAGCGAGGCCCAGAGCGGCGCCCCGCCGGCCUGCGGCCCGCGCGCAGCUCAGCCCGGGGUCCCAACGAGGGGCCUCCUGAGACGGCUGGGGCUUUGGGGCCGAGGCUUCUGCAGCCCCAAGAGCGGCUCCGGGGGGUGGCGGAGAGCCCUCCUCGCGCUCCCGCGGAGCAGCAGGCGGGAACCCGAGUGUGA